AUUUGUAGCGUAACUUCUCGAGCAGUAGGCCUACGUAGAUUCAGUGCAUUAAAAUGCGCGUUAUUUGAUGAUGUUGCAGAAGUCUAUCAAGUAGUCUUAUCGAUGUCAAAGUUUCUUUGGAGUUCCUCCUUAUAGCGAAUGGGCGUAUGCAAGUGGAGUCGGCACUAUAUAAACCGGACUGACCGUCAGAUCCAGCCUCUGUGCAGUUUAACAGCGGGGAUCCUGGUUGAAACGGAAGCUUCUUCUUUUUGCAGCACUGAAACUACCAUCAAACAUGAAUAAAGAAGACGACAUGAAGGAAGUAGAACUGAACGAGAUGGAUCAGGAAAAACAGCCGAUGACCGGAGAAACUCCGACAGGCACCGAAAAAAACGGCUGCGUAAAGGUUAAAGUGCCGGAGGACACCGAAGUCAAAUUUACGGGCCUCUCCAAAGAAGAGUUGAUGAAAGUCGCCGGCACAGCCGGGUGGGUUCGGACUCGUUGGGUCUUGCUGGUUUUGUUCUGGCUCAGCUGGAUUGGCAUGUUAGCAGGAGCAAUAGUAAUCAUAGUACAGGCCCCACGCUGUAAACCCAUUCCUGAGAUGAACUGGUGGAACGAAGGUUUUCUGUACCAGAUAUCUGACGUUAACACUUUCUCUGAAAAUGGACUACAAGGAGUGGAGGAGAAACUGGACUAUCUGAACCAGAUGAAGGUGAAGGGGCUUGUUUUGGGUCCAAUACACACUGUGCAAGCAGACCAGUUGAGCACACUGGAACUAACUUCCAUUAACCCUGAAUUUGGUUCUGAGGGCCAACUGAUUUCUCUGCUGGACCGAGCACAUAGAAAAGGAGAAAGCUGUCUGAAUAGCAGUGAGCUCGCUGGAGAUGAGGUCGGACUGAAGGCUGGGGAGAAACCUGAAGCAAUGUGGGACCUGGAAAGUCAAGCAGAAGAUGACAAUGCAACAGCAAAGGAGGAACGUACCGCAGUGCGUGACUUCUUUAAAGCACUCAGUGAUCUGAAAGGAAAAGAACGAUCGCUUCUGCAUGGAGAAUAUGUCAGCCUUUACAGUUCAUCCACUUCAUUAGCAUUUCUCCGCCUUUGGGACCAGAGUGAACGCUUCCUGGUAGCCUUAAACUGGGGAAAUGACUCUGUUAUCAUGACGCUGACCAAUAGCGACCUGCCCGCUGAGGCUCGAGUCUGUGCUUCCACAGAUACAGAGAAUCUAGCUGUGGAUACCAUUAUCCACAAAUUGAGAAACUUCAGUCACCUGAAGAUGAGUCUGGGCUGGUGUCUGAGUGGACGGACUCUGGGUUCUCCAGCAGUGCCUGUAAGGCUCUAUCAAAUGCUGCUGUUCACCCUCCCGGGCACACCUGUGUUCAGCGCUGGAGAUGAGAUUGGACUGAUGGCUGGGGAAAAACCUCAAAUAAUGUGGGACUUGGAAUACCCAGUAGUAGAGACGAAUGCAACAGCAAAGACUCUGCAGGAGGAGCAUAUCGCAGCUCGUAACUUCUUCAAAACACUCACUCAUCUGAGGGGAAAAGAGCGAUCGCUUCUGCACGGAGAAUAUGUCAGCCUUUUCAGUUCACCCACUUCAUUAGCAUUUGUCCGCCUCUGGGAUCAAAGCGAACGCUUCCUUACUGCCGUGAACUGGGGAAAUGACCCUGUAACCAUGAACCUCAUUUAUAGAGACCUGCUGUCACAAGCUCAGGUUCGCCUCACCACAGAUGCUGCGAAUCUAGCCGUGGAUAGCAUGGUCUCCUUAGAGAAGUUUCAGCUUGGGCCCAAAUAGGCUGUUCUGUUGUCUUAUCCUUAUGCUGGUUAGACAAACAUAUGCAGAUCCUCACAUAUCGUCUCAGAGCUGUUUGUUUUUCUCUCAGGUCUCAUAAA